UGCUUCGGUUUGUUUACAACCCGCCAGCGGGCACAUAGGUCUGAUUAAUUUAUUAGACCCUAGACACACAAUUAUUUAUUUUACCUGUAUAAUCUAGACUAGUCCCAGUUCACAGUUUAAAGUAAUUGCUACUAAAAUAUAAAACCACAAGUGAUCCUGCGUUCAACACACUUGAAAUGCGCAGGAUUUAAUGCCAAUUAUUUUAUCUUAUUUUUUAAACUAUGCUUAAGAACCACAAGCAUAAUCAUUAAAAACAAUAAUAUCAUGUAGUCAUAAAAACAUGGAUAUAUAAUGGUCAAAAAUUUUGGAUUAUUUCUGUGUUUCACUGUUAUGAGCUCAAAUGCAAAGAAAUUAUACCAUGUAUUAUAGCCUAAAUGUACUCAGGACUUGUCACAGACCCUCAUGCUUGUGCAGCGCGACUUGUAUCUGUCAGUGACUCUCAAUAAAGCUUUAGUGUUUUGAAACAUCAUGGCGGCUUGCAGGGUGCCUGCCGCUGUUAGAGGCUCAAUAAAAUUUUUACUCAAUGAUACAGUUCUGACCCCAAGGAAGCUUGGCCGUCUGUCAGUCAGUUGCACGGGAAAAGGUUACACCAGUUGGAGGACGUGCAGUUCAUCUGCAUCGUCCUGCUCCUCUGAGUCUCCAGCAGCAGAUGUUUUUACCUCUGCUCAAACUACUGGACACUAUGAUCGCCUCGUUCAGUGUGGCUCCCUGAGGGAAGAUGCCCAGCAGAGAUAUGUCCUCCAGCGGCUGGCGCAGCUGCAACACACCUUAAAGACGUACAGUAAUAGCGUGUACCUGAAUCCACCUCCUCCAAGACUAGACCCUAAAGAUGACAACAGUCAACCUCAGAAAGUUAAAGGCCCCAGCAUGACUACAGCUGAAAACAAAGGUGGUGAAUCACCUGCUAAGGAGGAGCCCCCUCCACGACCACCCAAAGGCUUCUAUAUUUAUGGAGAUGUUGGCACAGGGAAGACCAUGCUUAUGGAUAUAUUUUACUCCCAUGUGGAAAACACCCGUAAAAAGAGAGUUCACUUUAACGGCUUCAUGUUGGACAUCCACAAAAGGAUCCAUCGGAGGAAACAAAGCCUGCCAAAACGAAGGCUAGGAAAUAUGUUCACCUAUGACCCCAUAUCACCGGUUGCCAUGGAGAUCAGCAGUGAAACCUGCCUCUUGUGUUUUGACGAGUUUCAGGUGACUGACAUUGCUGAUGCCAUGAUCCUGAAGCAGCUGUUUGAGACACUGUUCAAGACCGGAGUGGUGGUGGUGGCCACCUCCAACAGACCCCCUGAAGAUCUGUACAAAAACGGACUUCAGAGGGACACCUUCCUACCUUUCAUCGACGUGCUGAAGGAGUACUGUCACACCAUCUGCCUAGAUGCUGGGAUUGACUACAGGAGGCUGGACAAAGUUGCAUCAGGGAAACUCUACUACCUCACGGGGGAGCCUGGUGCGGAGGCCUUCUUGGAUACACUGUUCGAGGACCUGGCUUUACGACAAAGGAGUGUUACAGGUCCUCGGGUGCUGACAGUGCUGGGUAGAGAUGUGACUCUGGAGAAGACCUGUGGCUCUAUCGCCGACUGUACUUUUGACGAGCUGUGUGGCAGACCCCUGGGUGCCAGUGACUAUCUGGAGAUGGCACGGCUCUUUGACACCGUAUUUAUCCGCCAUAUUCCAAUGCUGACGCUGACACUGAAGGACCAGGCCAGACGCUUCACCACCCUCAUAGACAACUUCUAUGACAAGAAGGUGAGAGUGGUGCUGCUGGCGGCAGUUCCUUUAGACCGGCUGUUCGUCCACUCUGGAGGGGAAGAUGAGAGGGACCGACAGCUGCUGGAUGACCUGGGCCUCAGCGGGGAGGCAGCAGAGCGUCUGACUCUGUUCACGGCCGAGGAGGAGAUCUUUGCCUUCCAGAGGACCGUCUCCAGACUGAUGGAGAUGCAAAGUGAGAAAUACUGGAUGGAGGGAGACCGCAGUCACAGCAAGAAUCGCAUGGACACCUAACAUCCAGUUAUGACUGCCAGGAUAAUUAUAUACCUUCAGAUAACACAGUACCUCACUAACUACUGACACAGCAUAAGCAAAAGCUCCUGUUUAUUAGUCUAUUUUGGGCGACCAAAGCUUUAGGUUUUAGGGAAUAAGCAGCAAUUUACUUCAGGAAAGGCCUGAUCCUCAGUAAAUAUAUAACAAUGUAAAACUGGGUACCUGUUUUCCUUUAGAUCUGACUCCUCUCCUCAUCUUAUACAUGUGUUGUAUCUUUUUACUGUGAGGCGUAAUCUCCCCCUUGUGGACGAUUUAUUUUUCAAUAGUAUGGAAAGCUCUCCAACUUGUGAAGCCACAACAGGUGCUUGUCUCAUGGAGAGAAAUGGGGAACAAGUGUCCUUCACAAUAGUUGGCUACCGCCCUCUAGUGGUGAAUGUGGAAAAAGUAAAAUGUUCUUGAAUUUCUCAAAGUUUCUGUUUCUGUGGAAGUUUGGAAUUAUGAAACCUGGCAUGAAUUCAAAAUGUUAUACAUAUGUUUUGCUAAUGAACUCUGAACUCUGUAUUCAGGGAAUUU